UUUGGGACAGACUUAACGAUGUUAGUCCUGCUGGCAACAUUCAUUCAGAAUCUGCUCAAAGUGAAAAAUUAUUAAAUACCACUUCUGUCAGCAUGGAAGAUGACUUGUUAGAUGAGUAUUUGGCACAAGGAAUUCUAAGUAAUACAGUCAGCACCAACGACAUAUAUUCCAAAAUCAAAAAUCUUCAAUUGCCUCCCAUGCGAAGUGAUGCAAAUGUCCUUAGCUUUUGGAAAGAGAAACAAAAUACGGAUCCAGAAUUAUAUGCUCUUAGUAAUGUCUGCUUUGCGGUACCCCCCACACAGGUUACUAUUGAACGAGCAUUUUCGACUUUAAAGUUGGUCCUUACCGACAACAGAAAUCGACUGAGUGAAGAAACACUGGAAAACAUAUUGCUAGUCAAGUUAAAUCCAAAUUUUUUAGAUGCUGCAAUAGAUACUUUGCCGCUUUUUCAAAACGAUGAAUAUGAAUAA